UCCCUCCUUCCCUUGCAGCGACGACCAGGCAGCAAUUACGCUUUGGGGAUAAAACGAGGCGCAGAGCGCGGCCAGGGCAUUCCUCCCCGAGAUGGCGGGUCUGACGGCGGCGGCCCCGCGGCCCGAAGUGCUGCUGCUCCUGCUCUGCCUCCUCCGCCCCGCGCAGCCCGGAGGGGUCCCAGGGGCGGUUCCUGGUGGGAUUCCUGGUGGCAUUCUUGGGGGUGUCCCUGGAGCUGUCCCUGGAGGAGUCUAUUAUCCAGGGCUGGGACCUGGAGGCAAACCACCCAAGCCAGGUCCUGGUGGGCUCGCUGGUCCUGGGGCAGGGAUCGGGGCCUUUCCUGCAGGUGCCUUCCCAGGGGCUCUGGUACCUGGUGGAGCAGCUGGUGCUGCUGCUGCUGCUGCUGCUUAUAAAGCUGCCAAGGCCGGGGCCGGGCUUGGCGGUGUAGGAGGGCUCGGUGGCAUUGGCGGAGCUGGCGGCGUUGGAGGGCUUGGUGGUGUUGGUGGAGUCGGUGGCUUAGGAGUGUCUACAGGUGCUGUGGUGCCUCAGGUUGGAGCAGGAGUUGGAGUUGGAGCUGGAGGGAAGCCAGGGAAAGUUCCUGGUGUGGGGCUCCCAGGUGUGUACCCAGGUGGAGUGCUCCCAGGCACAGGAGCUCGCUUCCCUGGAGUGGGAGUGCUCCCUGGGGUCCCCACUGGAACUGGAGUCAAAGCCAAGGCCCCAGGUGGAGGUGGAGCUUUUGCUGGAAUCCCAGGGGUUGGGCCCUUUGGGGGCCAGCAGCCUGGGGUUCCCCUGGGGUACCCCAUCAAAGCACCCAAGCUGCCAGGUGGCUAUGGACUGCCCUACACCAAUGGCAAGCUGCCCUACGGAGUGGCUGGUGCAGGGGGCAAAGCUGGCUACCCAACAGGGACAGGGGUUGGCUCCCAGGCAGCAGCCGCAGCAGCUAAAGCAGCAAAGUAUGGUGCUGGAGGAGCAGGAGUCAUUCCUGGCAUUGGAGGGGGCGGCAUCCCAGGCGGCGCCGGUGCCAUCCCCGGGAUUGGAGGCAUCGCAGGGGCUGGGACUCCUGCAGCAGCUGCCGCUGCGAAGGCUGCCAAGUACGGAGCUGCUGGAGGCCUGGUGCCUAGGGUCCCAGGUGUUGGGGUCCCAGGUGUUGGCGUCCCAGGUGUUGGCGUCCCAGGUGUUGGCGUCCCAGGUGUCGGGGUCCCAGGUGUCGGCGUCCCAGGUGUCGGCGUUCCAGGUGUUGGAGUCCCAGGUGUUGGAGUCCCAGGUGUCGGGGUCCCAGGCAUCGCAGAUGGAGCAGGGCCUCUCGGGCCAGCUGCAGCUGCUAAAGCAGCGGCCAAAGCAGCUAAAUAUGGGGCCGGGGCCAGAGUGGGAGUUGGGGGCAUCCCCACCUAUGGAGCUGGGCCCGGGGGCUUUCCUGGCUAUGGCGUUGGACCCGGAGUCGGGGUUGCACCUGGGGUCGGAGUCGGAGGUGUCCCUGGAGCUGGCCUUUCUCCUGCAGCCCAGGCUGCUGCCGCUGCCAAAGCUGCCAAGUAUGCAGGAGCCGGAGCCCUGGGAGGACUGGUGCCAGGAGCAGUACCAGGCACGGUACCAGGAGCAGUACCAGGAGCAGUACCAGGAGUAAUACCAGGAGCAGUACCAGGAGUAAUACCAGGAGCAGUACCAGGAGCAGUACCAGGAGCAGUACCAGGAGUAGUACCAGGAGCAGGGAUCCCAGCAGCUGCAGCUGCCAAAGCUGCUGCCAAAGCCGCCCAGUUUGGGUUAGGCCCCGGUGUCGGUGGGGUUCCAGGCGCUGUCGGAGUUCCUGGUGGCCUUGUGCCCGGUGGUGUUGGUCCUGGUAUUACAGGAGUAGGGGCCCCAGCUGCAGCCAAGUCUGCUGCUAAAGCGGCCGCCAAAGCCCAGUACCAGGCUGCUGCUGCUGGGCUGGGCGCUGGUGUCCCUGGCUUUGGAGUUGGUGCUGGGGUUCCUGGAUUCGGGGUUGGUGCUGGUGUCCCCGGUGCUGGAGUUGGUGUUGGUGUCCCUGGAUUUGGAGUUGGGGCCGCACCUGGAUCCCUGGCUGCAGCUAAAGCAGCCAAAUAUGGAGCAGCAGGGGCUGGGGCUCUUGGAGGACCGGGGGCUCUUGGAGGACCUGGGGCUCUUGGAGGAGUAGGUGUCCCCGGUGGUGUUGUAGGAGGUGUACCUGCUGCUUCAGCCGCUGCUGCCAAAGCUGCUGCCAAAGCUGCUCAGUAUGGACUAGGGGGUGCUGGUGGGCUUGGAGCUGGAGGACUGGGAGUUGGGGGGCUCGGAGUCGGAGGACUGGGAGCUGGUGGACUUGGAGGUGUGUCCCCAGCUGCUGCUGCUAAAGCAGCCAAAUAUGGUGCUGCUGGCCUUGGAGGGGCCCUAGGGGCCAUUCCCAGGGCACUGCCAGGAGGCGUGGCAGCCAGACCUGGCUUUGGAUUGUCCCCCAUUUUCCCAGGUGCCGGUGCUGGGGGCCUGGGAGUCGGUGGGAAGCCCCCCAAGCCCUAUGGAGGGGCCCUGGGAGCCCUUGGAUAUCAAGGUGGGGCCUGCCUGGGGAAAUCCUGUGGCCGGAAGAGGAAGUGAGCUUCCGGGGGACCCCUGACUCUCGACCUCAUCUACGUUGGUGCUACUGCUUGGUGGAGAAUGUAGACCCUCUGAAACCCCACCCCACCCCCACCCCCAUCCGGGAGGGGACUGCAGGCCGGUGGCCUUGGACGCCCACAGACAGGACAAGGAAACAAGAGCGGAGUGGCCUCGGGCCAACCACAGGGACCCCCUUCAGAGGCCAUGACUGGGUGGGCUCGGGCCCUCCCCGGCCCCUCCCCACCUGGAGCUCCCCCAACAGCCUCCACCUUCGGGGAAAUUGGUGCUACAUGCUGGUGCUCUCGUCUUCCUGGGGGAGGAGGAGGGAAGGGCAGCCUUGGGGAUCCCCUCCCCGGGGCUGCUCUGAAGAUGGUGCCCAUGCUUCCCGGGCAGUGCCACCUCCCCCUGCCCAUCAGGAGCCACCCCUGGCUGCAGUCCAGUUGGUACCCAAGCACCGGAAACCUAAAGCUGGAUUCGGUCACACUGUCCCCCUUCCUGCUCCCCAUGGCUGUUCCCCACAUCUGGGGCCCCUUAGAGUCGGAAGACCCCAUACAUACAACACUGGGAAUGGCCCCCUUGCUCUUAAGGAGCCCACUGCCCGUCCAUCCAUCUGUCCGUCCAUCUGUCUUUUGUCCUUGUCCCCAGUCAAAUGCCCAGCGUCACUAGCUGGCUGGGCACACCUGUUGUGGCAGCCUGCGCCCCGCCUCCAUCCCACCACACACCCCGACGCUGGCCCAGGGUGUGAGAGGCCUUGUGGGCGGGGGGGACAGGACUCUGGUCCCCAGCCCGGAUCUCCCCACACUCAGUACUGUACCCCCAACCCUCCCUUGAGCCACCGUAACUACAGAGCAUGUCUCACCCCCCAUCUCUUUGUGUCUCGCUGUGAUAGAUCAAUAAAUAUUUUAUUUUUGUCCUGGA